ACGAGAGUUAGAAAGCUUUCUGUGUUCAGGCCUCGACACACGUGAACGCAUCUCUCUGUCUCUCUCUCUGGUUAUCUGUCUGUCUUCUCUAUCUGUCUCUCUUGCUAUCUUUCUCUCUCUAUCUGUCUGUUCUCCACAUGAGGGUCUGAGAUGCUUCAUCUUCUUCCUUAGCGUAUUCUUGGGUGUGGUGAGUUGUGUGAUCAGAUGAACACUGAACAUGUCGUGAAGGGCUGGAGAUGCUCUCAGGUCUGCUGAGAUUCUGUUGAGUUUUAGGUCUGAGUGAACAUUGUGCUGGUGUGGUGUUGAGGACCACCAAACCCCAGCACAUGGAGUCACACUGAGGAACCAUUCUAAACCAGCAGUAAUAGCAGCUCAGACUGGGAGGAGAUUUCUGUCUGUAAAAGGGUUAUACUGUAUAACGACUGAAAAAAAUGCGCAUUUGUGUGUUUUCUUUUGUUCUCAUUUUAAACAUAUCUUCAGAUUUAUGCUUCUUUCUUUUCUGAACAAACAAAUCAAAUCCUCUACACUUCCGUUUUUCCUCUGUUCAUUUUUUCUUCUGUUUUUUUUUUUAAUUUCAGUUAUGAUUUACCGCUAAACUAAACUGUUUUCAUCAGUUUCCUGUAGGCGGGGUUAACACACACAUAGAGACCGCGCGCGCGUGCGGUUAGAGAGAGAUUGUUGUGAAGUUGUUAUGUUCGUGAAGAACCCUGUAACAGAUCAGUGAUGGGUCUCUGUAACAGCACCGAGGGGAACGAGCUCGACUUGUUAAUGAGUCUGAGGAUGUUGUUUGAGUAGAUCUUCAUCUCUCAUCUCUUCAUCUCUCCCUCCUGAACCAGGAUGACUUAUUAAGCCCCAGGAAUGAAACUGAUUCAUUGUAUUGCAAAAACUUUGGAAACCUCUUUGUGCCACUGAGUAUGUUGCCUUCUGUGUUUAUUCUACUCCUGCUGUCGUUUGUAGAGCACAGGAAGGAGCUGUGUGAGUGUGAGAGAAGAUUUCCAUUUCUGAGUGGGAGGUUCAGCUUUGUGGUACCCGUGGACUUCACAGGAAAGAUGCAGAACCGAUGGUCUUAUGGUUUUGCCUUCGGAGCCGUGACACCGUUUAUGAUCAAACUGAUGUUAAUUACCACCAACACGCUGAAUUUUCCAUCUUACUUAGCGGUAUUGCAGCUAGUGAUCACUGCCCUGAUGGUCAGCAUUGCCUGCAUGCCGUUAUUCGCCUGUCUGUCCACCCCACACCGGCUGCUUGGAGGCAUCCUGGGGCUGCUCUAUUCUACCUCCUGGUUGAUUGCACUGCUGUGGAAACUGAUCUUGUGUGGAGAACCUCUAUACAAUGAUCUUCAAAUAAAUCGGUUAAAUUGGUUACACAACAUCCCACAGUUACUGUGCAUGGUGUUCCUGGUGUGUCGCUUUUGUUCUAUCAUCAAGAAGGGUAUGAAGAACCGCAUAAGGAAUUACAUGCAGGAGGAGGUGGAGAAGCACGAGUACAAACAUGUACAGCGUUUACUGAGAAGACCCACUGAAUUGUAUGUACAUAACACACACACACACACACACACACACACACACACUGUAAUCCUUGUUUUACUCUUCAGGUCUGUGCAGAAGAGCUGGUUUCAGAGGAAAGUGUAUGAGUGGGAUCCGUAUUUUAAAUUCCCAAACAGGAUCAUCGCCACCGUCGUGCUCUGCUUCCUCAGUUUGUACAUGAUAGUAACAACAGAGCAGAUGUAUUCUUGGAAUUGGACCCAAAAAAUAUAUUCAUUUUUUGAAUGUUUCAUUCAAACAUCCACCCUUAAAACACACCUAAACUAUUUCAUAUACACCUGGUACAUCUCAGCAGCUUGUGCCACGGUCUCUUCCCUCGCUCACAUUAGCCAGGUGUUGGUGUAUUACAGGAAGCACAUCCGAUCACUGCGAGCUGGAGAAAAAAAAUACUUGCCGAAGAAGUACAGACUGAACUCUGUGUAUGGAGUGAUGGGCUUUUUAAAGUAUCCUGGUUAUCAGAUCGCCUUCUCCAUGUGGGGUUAUGUGAUCGUGCACGUGGCCAUGUUCACCAUUGGCCUGAUGUUUGUUUACCUGGUUAUAUCACCGAUCCGUGAAGAAGGUUUUCUCAAAUGGCUGAAUAGUUUGGCCAUGAGUCUGGCGAAUUUCUUCACCUUGAUCGCUCUGAUGGGGCUGCAGCGCAUAAUGUGCCAAAUAUUCUUCCUGCAAGACAAAGUUUCACCUACAGAUAAAGACAAGCCGCUAGCACUCAAGAACAGGAGGGCCUUCCACAACUUCAAUUACUUCUUCUUCUUCUUCAACAUGAUCUUGGGUGUGAUGAACUGCUUGUUGCGGGUCAUUAAAAGCGCCGCUGUGGGGCUGAUGUUGGUGUCUCGCAUCGAGCGGACCAUAAUGCCUGAGGGCUUCGAGACACUGGACUCGAGUUACUGUAUGUGGGUGGGAAUGAUUGUAGCAGAUCACUAUCACACAAAUCCAGUCCUGGUGUGUUUCUGCCACCUGCUGCUCAAACACACCUCAGAGGGUAUCAAGGAUCAAGGCUACUCACGGUUAAACAGAGAGCCGCUAGAGAAGAACCGAGUUUGCAUUCGCUGGCAGCUCGUCUACACACUACUGAGGAACCCAAAACUCAUUCUGCUGAGGAAGAAUCACAAACAAAAUAACUUCAAAGACGGUGAACUGGCCUUUGCCUGGGCCAUCUCCAAUACAGCGUAAAAAAAAAUACCAUAAACAUUUUAUACAAGCAAGAAAAACAUUGUUUACUGACUGGAUUAUUUCAAAAAUAGAUCUAAAUACAUUUACCUUCAGAAUAUUAUCUUCAUGCACACGUGAGUAUUGAGUAUACAGUUACUCAAGGUUCAGGUUUGUUUUAUUGUUCAAGACGAUUAUUUUAUUACUGUUUUUGUAUUCAUACUGUUAGGGUUUUUUUAUAUAGCAUGUUUUUUUAUUCUAUCUUUUUUACUGUAACAAAAACCUGUGCUUUCCCUCCAGCAGUCAGAAAGACAACAGUGUUGUUCGAUAGAUUUCGUGUUUUUAUACAUGUUCUAGUGCAAGAUUUCUCAACACUCCAAGCAUCAGAAAAAAAAAUUUUGUGCUGAAUAAAAAAAAAGAUGUUAGUCAUGUGUUUAUGUACGAAUAUAUUAUUGUACAAAUAAAUGUUUGCUUUUCUCCAUCA